UUUAAUUAUUUGGCAACAACUCCUCUCCCCUCCCUUCCCCUCUCCUGUCCUAAAUUCGAUUUUCGGAAAUGUGGGAUCUGAACACCUCGCCGGAGAUAAUUAAUCAUUCGGCCGGAGAAAAUAACGGAUCGGAGAUCAGGCACGGCAGCGCCGACGCCAAGGGGAAGAGGGUUUUCUCAGAAGAUAAUUAUAAUCAAGAAAUCAUUAAUGGGGAAAACGAGAGGAAGAAGAUGAUGAUCAGGAGCAGCAGCAAGAUCUUUGGCUUUUCCGUUCCUCAUCAUCACAGAUACACUAAUUCCGACGAGAUUACCUCGUGCUCCUCGCCGGUGACGCGGCAGUUCUUGCCCGUCGAUGACCCCCCGCCAGUUUUCGCCGCUGCACAUUCAAAGAUGCGAUUUCCCCCCGCCGCCGCCGCCGGCGGGGUUAAAUUCCAUCAGCCGGAACUCCACGGCGGCAGCAGCUGUAAUAUCUUCGGCAACUCCAAUAUGCUGCAGCCUCUGAAGAAGACCCGCCGCCGUGGCCCGAGGUCCCGGAGCUCCCAGUUCCGCGGCGUCACGUUCUACCGGAGAACUGGACGUUGGGAGUCACACAUAUGGGAUUGCGGGAAGCAAGUAUAUUUAGGUGGAUUCGAUACAGCAGACGCAGCAGCCCGUGCAUACGAUAGGGCAGCCAUAAAGUUUCGAGGAGUGGAAGCAGACAUUAACUUCACUUUAAUGGACUAUAAACAAGAUUUCGGCCUGAUGAGCAAUUUAACCAAAGAGGAAUUUGUUCAAGUGCUUCGUCGACAGAGCACUGGUUUUCCAAGGGGAAGUUCGAAGUAUAGAGGUGUCACUUUACACAAAUGUGGGAGAUGGGAAGCUCGACUUGGCAGAUUCUUGGGGAAAAAGUACGUUUAUUUGGGGCUCUUUGAUACUGAAAUCGAAGCUGCCAGGGCUUAUGAUAAAGCUUCCAUCAGAUUGAAUGGAAAGGAAGCUGUCACCAAUUUCGAUCCGAAUACUUAUGUCGAAGAACUCAAUGCUGCUACUGCUGCAGAAUCUUCGUACAACAUUCUUGGUGCAGACCAUAAUCUGGAUUUGAGUUUGGGUAAUUCAGCAACAAAGCCAGCCAUUGCCAAUUCCAGGCCUAGAGAUCGACAUUCUUCACUGAUGCAAUUUCAACAAAGAGGAUUAAGGCCAGAGGUUAAUGUUAUGCAAUUUGGCACUGGUAAUCAUCCAUGGAGGAGGACGGCGGCGGCGGCGGCAACCACCUACCGCGGCGGCGCAGACACCCGAUUGCUGCUUCAAAACCAAACAAAUCACCAUUAUUAUUCGUCUCCAGGACCCUCCAAGAUGAACAAUGAAAUGCUCAGAUUUGGACAGGUGGAGACCACAAUUGAACCCUACAUGUUUCAAAAAAUAAACCCUCCAUUUACCUCAUAACAGUUUCUUUCGUUCGUCUUGUCGUCAGGUAAUGAUAAGAACUGAUGAUCGAUCAAAUUACUUACUUUUAUUAUAUAUGUUGGGACAUACAUUAAUUGUUUUAUUUUUCUGGCUUCUCUGAAUUAUCUGAAUUGUGAACAAACCUAAAUCAUGACAGACUUAUCAAUUUAGUCAGGAAAGCAUGCAGCAAUAUUA